AUGGCAAUGACUGACAUCAUUUCCUAUUGUGUGCUGUGCCCCAUACAGCAACCCCACAGCAUCGUUCAGCGCCGUCUCCUGGAGGGCAACAUUUCACGUUUGCGUGGAGAGGCCCGGGACGUCCCAUCUCAUGUUCGCUCACCCCUGGCAGACAGCAAAGAGGGCGGCGAGCCAGAGGAGAGGAGCGAGAGCACGGUGGAUGACUCCACAGAAGAGAGGGAGUCUCCAGAGGAGAGCGAGAAGAGCCUGAGGUCUGAUGAGGACGAGGAUGAUGAAGAUGAAGGGGACAGCAGCGAUGCAGGUGGAAAGACAGAGUCCAAGCAGAAAAAUGAAAUGGAAGAGGAGAGGAAGAAAGUCCUCAAAGAGGAUGAGAGAGCAUCCACCCUCUCAGCUCUAGUGGUCCAGUGUAAGUGCGGAGAUGCAGAAGUGAUGUUAUCCAUAAACACAGGGUGCCAAUACAACCACAUCUCUAAAACAUGCUGCAGACGACUUGGAUUGAAAACCAACCUUGAAGACAAACUUCAUGACAAGCUGCCACUCAGUGAUUUGACAGUGGAGACAGUGAAGUCCCUGCACCUGCAGCUGGGCAGAGAAAGAGUGCAAUGCACUGCCCAGGUCAUAGAGGACGCCACAUUUGAGGUGUGUCUGGGUCUACAGACUCUGCUGGAACUCAAAUGCUGUGUGGACCUGAACUCCAGAGUGCUCCGGCUCCACAGCACAGAGCAGGAGCUUCCCUUCCUGGAUCCACCUGCUUGCAGCCAGUGCCAUCACCAUGACAACAACAAAAACAUGUGACCUCGGACCUACGUGCCCAAUAGACGCCAUGACCGUACCCAUGUAAUCAGAGAGGAAGUCGCCAGAAGGACGCCUGCAUCUGGACUGUAGUGUUCCCUUGUGCCAGAUCAACAUAGACAGGCCUCUCCUCUCUCAUCUUUCCUUCUUUAUUCUUCGUUGUUUGCUUCUGUGCUAUUACAGAAAUCUGCCAACUAUGAUUUUAUAUUAUUAUUUGCUGUGCUGAAUUAGUUUUGAUUAAAUGUAAUAAAGCUCAGGAGGAGGAAGAUUGUGUUCUGACAUUUUAAAACUGCCUUCAUCGAAAUGAAAAAUGGGGUGCACAGCUAAUCCUUAAGAAAUUGAACUGCUUGAAGAUUGAUGAGUAAUAUUCUCUAACUUGUGAUUUUAAUUACAAUCAAAGUAAAUUAUAUUCUUAUACAUUAAUGUAACAGAGAGUCUCCUACACAAUCACCAAAACUGAUUUUAUACUUUUAAAUGU